AAAACAGAAUAAAACAAAAAACCCCCCCAAAACAGGCAGUGGGCUGGAUUUGGCCCAUGGGCCUUAAUUUGCAGACCCCAGCCCUUAGCCAUUAACUAGUACCACCUCUCAUGUAUGUGAAACCUCUCAUUUAUAUUUCCUCAGACCCACCUCAGUUCCCAUGACAUUCCAUUCAAAUGACAGCUAGCAUUACAUAAAAGUUCAGUUGACAACACAUCUGCUCUUUACAGUACUUUUUGGAAGCAUGUUUUAUCAAUGUCUCCACUUUAUGGAAGAGCAUAAUGAGGCUUCAGAGACAGUCUUAUGUUACAAAGUUCUUUGGCACCUGUAAACUUGAAAUCUAACCGAAUAAAUACCAACUUCCCUGUGCUGCCCUUCCAUCCUGAUGCUGAUGUUUGCUUUUUUUCCUUCUAAAACGUCUUAUCUUUCCUGUCUCAUGUUCUAUGCUGGGUUUUCCUGUUGGAGGAGCAAACGAGAGGCAGCCUGAUCUCCCCUUCCGGACCUUCUAGAAUCUUCUUUUCUGACCUUCCAGAAUCUUCUUGAAAAAUGUUUUUAGACCAUGCCAGAUCUCUGGAAGCUGUUGGGACGGGCACAGCCUGAGUUUGUCUUCUGAGACUGCUUAAUGAUUCUCACUCUAAGAAGUAGGUGGGAUCUGUUACAUGGAGCAUCUGUGCACCAAAGCAGGGCCUAAGAAAUGGGAGCGACAACAUCAGGAACUAAGAGCUUAUUCCAUGCUGGGUGCUGUGCUAAGUAUUUUUUAUAUAUUAUCCUAUUUAAUUCUCAGAACCGCUCUGGAGGUAGGCAAGUCUCGUUAUCCUUAUUGUAAAGAUGAGGAAACAGAAGCACAGAGAGCCAAAGAACUUAGGCCGUAAGGAUUGAGUGUCUGUGUCCCUGACCUUUUAAAGGAGAGCUUAAUUAGAUGUUCAUAGUGUCAGUCCUGGGCAAGAAUAUAGAAGUUUCCAGUAAAAGUAAACUCUCCUUACUCUUCUGCCUUGUUGGAGGCGCACGAAUAUGGGAGUAGAGAAAAAAGAAGAAUUGCAGGGGAGGAAAUAGCUCUCAGCACCCUCCUGGACUGCAGCUCUCUAGUCCUCCCACUGCUUAUCUGGUGACUUGACAUAAACCCUUAGCAUUCCCAAUAAGGUAACUACCAUGUGGUAUGAGACAUUAUCUCACUACCCCACCGCAAUGUUUUCCACAGUAAUUGUGUAAGAGCACAAUAAUAUUACUUCACCGUCAAAAAUUCUGAGUGAGAAAUGGUCAGAACACUUGUUAUCAAGGGCUAGAGAAAUAUCAACCAGGUAGAGCUCAGAGGAGCUCACUUGCAGCUCAUUUUGGUCCAGGGAGCAAACGUUCGAAUGUGAAAAAGACCGACUGGUUCCAGGAAUGGCCAGAUUCCUACGAGAAGCACAUCUACAGCUCAGAGGACAGGAACGCGCAGCGGCACCUGAGCAGCUGGGCCAUGCGCAACACGAACAACCACAACUCACGCAUCCUCAAGAAGUCCUGCCUGGGCGUGGUGGUGUGCAGCCGCAACUGCUCUGUGGAAGAGGGGCGCAAGAUCUACCUGAGACCUGCCAUCUGUGACAAAGCCCGGCAGAAGCAGCAGAGGAAACGCUGUCCCAACUGCGAAGCUCCUCUGAAGCUGAUUCCUUGCCGAGGCCACGGGGGCUUCCCGGUCACCAACUUCUGGAGGCACGACGGACGCUUCAUCUUUUUCCAGUCAAAGGGAGAGCAUGAUCAUCCAAGACCAGAAACCAAAUUGGAAGCGGAGGCAAGAAGAGCAAUGAAGAAGGCGCAGUCAGCAUCUUCCUCCGGCUCCCUGAAGCUCAAGGGGGGCCCCGAGACAAAGUCUCUUCCAGGGGAAAUGCAGACUUGGGGAAAUUUACCUUUAACCUGGUCUUUCCAAGAAGGCGUCCAAUUGUCGGGCAGUUACAGUGGACAUUUAAUAGGUAACAUGCCCCAGCAGAAGUCACUGAAUGAUUGCUUAUCCCUCUCCAAGGGUUAUGGUCUGGGGGGAGCCGCCAAUAUGGCAGACCCCACUUCCACCUUGGGCCCCGCCAAGCUCUAUGAGAAGUGCAAGUUGCCCAGUGGUCGGCUUUGCAGCAGUGGGGAGCUGCUUCAGCCGGUCUCCGGAGUCUUCCCUGACUACAGUGAUCUGCAGCCAUGGAAUAAAAAUGCUGCUUUGGGGAGAAAUCCUCUUAAUGACAGCUAUUGUCCCAAUUACACUUUUCCUCUGACCAACUGGCCUUACGACUUCUCCCCUUCCCAGAACUCUGCAGAACCCUUUUUCCAACAGAUUCCAGUGGAACCACCUGCAGCCAAACCUAGCUGUCACCCAUUAUGGCCAAAUCCAGGGGGUGAUCUUUACGAAGAGAAGGUGCAUGCAGAUUUUAACAGCUACUACCCUUCCACCACAGGCCAUCCCCCUCAGGAAGACCCCUUUCUCCUCACCUACACCCCUCAUCCUCACCACCAAUAUUCGCUGCCAGGCAAGAGUAGCAAAUGGGAUUUUGAGGAAGAAAUGAGGUACAUGGGUUUGGAUCACUGCAACACGGAAAUGCUUCUAAACUUCUGUCCUUUAAGAUGAUCCCAAUCUGAACCCUUGUGCACUGUGAGGUCCAGGAAGACAAUUUGGUGCAGCCACUGUGGAAAACAAUAUGGAGGUUCCUCAAAAAAUUAAAAGCAAAACUACCAUAUGAUCCUGCAGUCCCACUUCUGGGUAUAUAUUUGAAGGAAAUGAAAUCACUAUCCCGAAGAGGUAGCUGCACCCCCAUGUUCCUUGCAGCAUUAUUUACAAUAGGCAAGACAUGGAAACAUCUAAGUAUCCAUCACUGGAUGAAUGGAUAAAGAAAAUGUGGGGUGUAUAUAUAUGUAUAUGUAUAUAUAUACAUGUAUACACACGAUGGAAUACUACACAGCCAUCAAAAGGGAAAUGCUGUCUUUUGCGACCAUAUGGAUGGACCUUGAGGGCAUUAGGCUAAGUGAAAUACAUCAGACAGAGAGAGAGAGGCAAAUACUGUAUAAUCUCACUUAUGUGUAGAAUAUUUAAAAACUCCCAAAUUCAUAGAAACGAAGAUCAGAUUUAUUGUUGCCAAAGGCAGAUGGUAAAGAGUGGAAGAAUUGGGUGAAGGUGGUCAAAAGGUACAAACUUCCAGUUUUAAGAUAACUAAGUUCUAGAGGUAGAAUAUAGAGCCUGAUGACUAUAGUUCACAAUAUCAUAUUGUAUAUUUGAAACUUGCUAAAAGAGUAGAUCUUAAAAAUUCUCAUCACAAGGGAAAAAAAUCUGUAACUUUGUGAGGUGAUUGAUAUUAACUAAGCUUAUUGUAAAAAUUUUGCAGUAUAUACAUGUAUUGGAUCAUUAUAUUGUACACUUUAAAUGUAUACAAUGUUAUAAGUCAAUUACAUCUCAAUAAAAUUAUAUCUCACUAAAA